UGGUUUCCAGUCCAAAACUCAAGAUUUUUUAAUGAAACUAAUUUAAAAUACAUACAUUUUUACUCAUGAUUUGGGAUUUCAUGUAAUUUCAUUCUACUUUGGAUGGUUGAAACUUCUUUCCUGUGGAUAAAAGUUUGCUGAUAUUUGAGUUUGGAGGACAUUUUUCUGAGUUUGAGGUGAACUGAAGGUAGAGCUUCUUUGAAGAGAUACAAAAACACUAGAGGUGGACUUCUGGAAACUUGAAGACAAAGAUCCAAUAAAUAGAAGAAUUAUCAAGACUCUACACAAGUCACCAUACGGCUGGAGCAGUGAAGUAGGCAAGCAAGAUGGAGGAACUCAAAUACAGAGGAAAGAAAAGAGAGGGAAGGCACAGGGAUACAUGGGAUCCAUUCCAGCUGAACCCAGUAGGAGCUGAGAAGGAAUCUAAGAGAAGAUGUUUCCAACUGGCCCAGUAUCUGGUGGCGGUGAUUGUGGGGUUAGCCGUCUUGACCAGUGCUGUUAUCGCUAAGGGCUCUCUCUUGGUGUUAUCAACGCUGUCCAGUCCAACCUCCAUGCGCAGCCAAAAGGAAAAACAGUUCUACAUGCUGAUGUUGGUUUUCUGUCUGGUUUGCCCCAACUUCCUGGUGUUCAUUAAAUCACUGUGGAGGUGUGCCUUCAAGAGCUUUGUACAGCCCAACAUGAAGACCAUGUCACUUGUUUGUGCAAUUGAGUGUCUGGUGUCUCUUGGAACUUCAGUCCUGGUGCUAGUCGUAAUGCCUCAGUUUGAUGUGUUGACUAAUCUCUUCAUCAGUGGAGGAGUCUGUAUUAUGUCUGCCAUUCUGCAGAUUGUGUUCAGACUACAGAGGGAAAAGUGGAAAAUCGUGUUCCCAAUAUGCUCCCUCAUUCUCACAGUUGCAGGUUACUGCCUCGUGGGAGUUGACUACUAUGUUCGUGUGUCAUCAUAUGUGGAUAGACAGAGCGCCGACUGCUACGUCUAUGUUGGAGUGGGAAUUUUCUCUUCACUUCUCAUCUCCCUUUGUUGGUGGGAAAAUCCACUGCAAGCUACUAACCGCAUGCAGGAUACAUUGUCAGAAUUGGAUGGUUUCAGGGACUUUGUGUUUGUCAUCAGCAGUAUUCUGAGGAUAAUCAUGAUAGGAGGGGUAUACCUGUUACACAAUGUGCUUAUUCAGAAGUCCAUCAUCUGGUCGGACUUUAACCUGCAGAAAGAUGACUGGGAGUUACUGCAAAUAGGACUCGUGCUGUUUUUCUUACAGGCCUUCUGCUCAGCAGCCUGCCACUGGUUUGGGGUGGUGGCCUGUAAGAUUCAUGCAGUCAGGAUGAGUUUUGCACUGCCUGUGUGUUGCACAGGACCUGCAGUGCUACUGUUGGGACUGACACUUUUUAUAACCCAGGCACAAAAAUUGGACGGCGCAGAGCAUUCAAGCAUCCAAGAGUUUUGUGGAAGCUUGGUCUACCUGAGCCAUAAGAACACAACCCCUGUAGUCCUACUCGAGAUUACCAGGAGCAUCUGUCGUACUUCCCUUAACAGCUACUACAUACAAUGGCCUUUUUCAAUGCUGGCACUGGAGGGAGUGUGCAUGUGGUCAGGCUUCGUCACAUGUACCUACUAUGUAUGGAAGAUCAAGGUCCAGCGUAUAGAGAGAACGUCUCAGCUCUUCGUUCGUCGACUCUAUGAAUCUGCUUUCAUUGACCUGUCUCUGCUACUCAACACCAAGAUGAAGGUGCCACGAGCCCGAAACCAAGAGAGCCAUGAUGACAUACAGAACUGUGUGAUCUAUCUUUGUGCCACCAUGUGGCAUGAGACCUAUGAUGAAAUGCUGAAGAUUCUCACCUCCAUGUUCAGGUUGGACCGCUAUCGAGGUGAUCCAAAGGAGGAACAUAAGGACUGUUUUGAGUUCGAGUGUCAUAUUUACGUGGAUGAUGCCUUCAUGACUGAAAAAGAUACAGGGAAAAGGCUGGUUAACUCUUACGUUGACGACUUGAUCCAAGUUGUCAUAGAGGUUUACAGGGUGUUUACCAACAAAGAGCCAGAUGAUGUGUCAAUCAUUGAGACUCCUUACGGUGGAAGGCUGAUGUUUGUUAUGCCAGAAGGCAACAUGCUUUAUGUUCACCUAAAAGACAAAAGUCUCAUCAGGAACAAGAAGAGAUGGUCCCAGAUUAUGUAUCUGUAUUAUCUACUCGGCUGGAAGGGCUACAUCGUCAAGAACCCUCAGAAGAUCCCACGCCAGAAUAACCCAUGCAGAGCCAGUUUGAUCUCUUUGGAUGGUGAGAGUUUCCUGUUGCCUCAGUAUGACAACGACAACAAGAGAAAAUUCAUCUCAGAUGACAACACGUAUAUCCUGGCUCUGGACGGAGACACCGACUUCCAGCCUAAAGCUGUGAUUCUGCUUGUGGACAGGUUGAGAAUGUAUGACAAUGUAGGUGCAGCGUGUGGUAGAAUCCAUCCAACUGGUAUGGGUCCCAUGGUGUGGUACCAGAAGUUUGAGUAUGCAGUAGGCCACUGGCUACAGAAGACAGCAGAACAUGUGUUUGGUUCUGUGCUGUGCAGUCCAGGAUGUUUCAGUCUGUUUAGAGGGUCUGCCUUAAUGGAUGACAAUGUUAUAAAGAGAUACACAACAACUGCAACAAGAGCAGCAGAAUAUGUGCAAUAUGACCAAGGGGAGGAUCGUUGGCUGUGUACUUUGUUACUGCAGCAAGGAUGGCGUGUCGAAUACAAUGCUGCAUCAGAUGCAUACACCAACUCACCGCAGGAGUUCAAAGAGUUUUACAACCAGAGGAGACGAUGGGGACCCUCUACACUGGCCAAUACACUGGACCUUCUGCACAGUGGUGCUGAGACAGUGAAGAGAAACUCAUCCAUCUCCAGACUGUACAUCUUCUACCAGAUGUUCACAGUUGGUUCCUCAAUCCUUGGUCCAGCAUCUGUGACUCUCAUGAUAGCAGGUGCUUUCCAGUUUGUCUUCCGAAUCACUGGAACACUUUCCAUCAUCAUUGCAAGCAUUCCUCCAGUGUUCUACAUCAUCGUCUGUUUUGUAGCCAAGCCUAAUAAUCAAAUUGUCAUUGCUGGUAUUAUGAGUGUUCUGUACGCGUUCCUCAUGACUGCAUCCUUGUUCUCAAUCAUCGGUGACAUGGUGAUUCAGGGCACCUUCCUGACCCCUACUGGCUUGUUUUUGGUUUCUAUGGCAAUCAUGUACAUGGUGACUGCUAUACUACACCCAGAGGAGUUUGGGAUGAUUAUCUACGGUCUGAUGUAUUUCAUCUGUAUCCCCAGUGGAUAUCUCCUACUUACCAUCUACUCACUGGUUAACAUGCACAUUGUGUCCUGGGGCACAAGGGAAACCAACAAGGGAGAAGGAGCAGUGAAGAAGAACCAUAAUAUUAUGUGUGACAAAAACUGUAGACUCUGCUGCUGGGACAUGAAGAUACAGAUAACGCAGGAAACAGAGAAUUUGAUGAUUCAACAGAUCACAGGCCAGAAUACAAAGCACGCCAUCCCUCCCCUUCCAAUCACAACCCAGGAAAUAACUCCACAGCCUGCUGCAAAGCUGGAGCCUCAAGCCAAACUUAACACCAAAGAAGAUGCUGUAGAAGGAGCUAAGAAACUUCCCACUGACAAACUGAACAUGAAGGAAGCAAACGGCGACGAUGCUGCUUCCAGUGAGAGUGAUGAAAAAAGGAGCAUAUCACUGAGUGGAUUUGACGAAGAUGAUGAUGACCAAGAGGAAACAGAGGAGUUUCCUGUCAGUGACUGGGUGACACCGGUGAAAGAGGAGUUUUUGAAGAAACUGACAUAUGCCAACAUGAAAAGAAAUCUACAAGAACAAAUACGAUACACACUCCGCAACAAAAAUCAGAGUGAACUGUGUGAAGAGUUGAUCGUAAUGUUAACAGAUACUGUUAAUGGAGAGCUAAGUGCAGUGGGGCCUGAAGAUAUUCUGACACCAAGCCAGCUGGAGGAGUUACAAUAUGCACUGGCAGAGCAGGCUCGGCGUAUCCUUAAAACCAAUCGAAUGGAGAAACUAGAGAAAAGAGUAAAGAGAGCCAUCGAGAAAACACUCACCGCCCCGCAGGUGCAAAAACUAGAUGAGGGUGAGCAAGACUUCUGGAGCAAAUUACUUGAGCGCUACUUGAAGCCCAUUGUUGACACUAAAGCACAUCAGGAGGAGGUCACCAGAGAACUGAAGUCACUGCGCAACAAGGCUGUCUUCCUGUAUUUCAUCAUCAACGUGCUGUGGGUGGUAGCUACCUUCUUCCUUCAGGCCAUUGGAAAUGAUGUCAUCAGCAUCAAGAUCCCUAAGUACUUUCCUAAUGGAAGUGAAUCUGGAGAAGUCCUCAAGGUGGAGCCUCUGAGUUUGAUGUUCCUGUUAUCUUUUGCUAUUCUUCUCCUUGUCCAGUUCUUGGCUAUGUUAUAUCACAGGAUCUACACACUGAUCCAUGUGGUUUCCUAUCGCAGCACAGAGAAAGACUAUAAAGAGAAAGAUGAUGAGGAUGAUGACGAUGGUGGCAUAGCUCUGGAGACCCACUUUACCAAUGGACUUGCCAUUACCAAUGAUGACCUGUAUCAGUAACAACCAACUGUAACCACUGAAGUCCGACAACCAGCACACAUUGGCAUCACCUGGGAAGGCAAAAUGGCACAAGGGAUAUCAGUUAAAACAGGCUCAUUAAGCUUUGCUUGACAAAUUAAAAUGAGGAAUUGCUUUUAUUCAAAAGUCAAAAAGAUCUCAGGUAUGAUCAAGUGUUUUUUAUUUGAAUAUUUUUACUCUUAAUACUUGUAUUUAUUCUGUUUAAGUAUGGUUGAAUACAUUAGGUUUACAGACUAAUUAAAUGCCAUCUGAAAUCGAGGGUGUAAGAUUUAGGGUGUUGUUUGUUGAACAGAUUGUACAUCCCAUUGUAAAAUGAUUUAGGAGGGUUGAAGGUAAAACAACAAACUAUAAGAAAGGCAGUGUAAUCUCUUGAUUGUUUUCUUCUCAUUUAAUGUAUCUGCACCAAAAUCAGUUAUUUUGUGAAUUACAAUAAUGGGAUGGAUGAAGAUGGAAACAAAUGAUUUUUAUUUGUUCAAGAAUUAUCUCCUUUGCAAUUCAGGUUACAGUAUUAAUAAAUUAAUUCAUUACUCUCAGGAAACAGUGCCAGUCCUUCACAGAUUUUUAAAUGCAAUAUUUGCAUAUGAAAUAUUGUGAGAAUUACUUUCAUCAUUUUAUUGGUAAAUCUCACAUAUUUUAUACUCUAAAUACUUUCUAGUUUAAGUUACACUGUGUUGCCUUUUUAAUAUUGUGUUGGGGAUCUUAUCAGUGUAAUUAUGUGUACCAACUGUAAAAAUGCACUUUACAAAGGGAGAGAAUCUUCUUGGAAAGAUUUUGGUAAAUUGUUCAGGAAACUACUGAACUGAUUAAACUAAAU